GUGAGUGGGAACUGCAUGGACCGCAGAGAAGCAAUGUUGCAGCAACUCUCCUUUUGAUGAUGCCAAUGCAACAUUCCCUUUUGAAAACCAGGCCAUGAUCACGAUGGAGGGAUCUUCCAAACUCAUUGGAGAAUAAAAUCACUUUCCAUUAUUUGCUUUAGGGAGAGAAAGAAGGAAAGAGGGAAAGAGACAAAUAGCACUUUCCAUCAAUCAAUCGCUUAUCAACACAAAGCUAUAAUAUAAUGUUACCGCCUCAUUUAAUUAAUUCUGGGUUCUCUUCUUCCCUUUUUGUGUUUGUGAUUUGUUAAUGACUUGGUUAUGUGACCAAACUCCCAGAAAUUUACAGACUUUGCUUUGAUUUCUCUGUUUUCUUUUGGGGAUGGGCAAUGUUAGUACUAGGAAAGAUGGAGUGGAGGAGUGUGAAGAUUUUGAUCAGUAUAUGGAAUCCUCUGCAGGUGGAACUCAUGGAACGGGCAAUCCUCAUGGUGGGAGAGACGGAGAAGGCCCUUCUGGAAUCAAGAAGUUUGAAGAGUGCCAACAAUAUAUGGACUCUGCACAUGUUUCAGUGAAGGGCAAUGUCAGUCAUGGGAGAAAUGGAGAAGGCAACUCUGGAGUCAAGAAGUGGGAAGAAGGCCAUCAGUGUAUGGACUUUUCACAGUAUGGGUUUCAUGUAAUGGGCAAUGUUGGUGGUGGGAUAAAUGGUGAAGGCCAUUCUGGAAUUAAGAAGUUCCAAGGGUGUGAGCAAUAUGUGGAGUUUAGGCGUGGUGCAUCUCCAACAUCCGUGUGUUUGGCCCCUUUCCGUAACCUUGGGCCUUCUCUCACAGCUAUAAUGCUCCCUCCUCAGCCCCUGAUGGUUCCUUCACAAAGACCGGUUAGGAGUGUGCAGAUCCAUGGCCGUGCACUGGUGGGGAAUACAACAGAAAAUGAGGGCAUGCUCCAUGGGAGGUGGGUGACUAUACAGAUCAGAUGGAGCUAUGGUGGCAAGCAAGUAGCUGUUGAGGGAUCAUGGGAUGACUGGAAAUCAAAAGAGCUGUUGGCUGGAUCAGGCAAAGAGUUCAGUAUUACAAAGGUGCUUCCAUUAGGCAUUUACCACUUCCGAUUUAUUGUUGAUGGACAGUGGAGAAAUACCCCUGAAUUGCCUCUGGUCUAUGAUAAUACUGGGUAUGCCUAUAACGUGUUGGACUUGAAGAAUUAUGUUCCAGAGGACCCUGAAUCCCCUUCUUCCCCAGGGUCAAGCUAUAACAACCCACAGCUUGUAGCUCAAGAUUUUGAAAGGGAGCCACCUGAGCUACCUCCACAAGCUGAAAUCACACCAUUAAAUGGCCCAUCGUUCUCCAUGGACAGUUCCCAGUCUUUAACAAGACCUCAAACCUUCGUUUUAAAUCAUUUGUACAUCCAGAAAAUGAACCAGAAUGUGGUGGCACUUAGUUCAACACAUCGGUUUUGCACAAAAUAUGUCACAAUAGUACUAUACAAGCCUCGCAGAGGCUAAAAUUGAUUACUUUCCUUUGUUGACAUUUAUUGAGUUGGUUUUACUCAGUAUAAGUGAUAUUGCUUGGGAAAAUGUAAGCCAAAUAGCCUUCUUUUAAGGUUUAGAAGGAGAGCUAAUGUAAGAAAAAACAGGAUCUUGCCCUUAUAAGCAGAAUUAUGGAAUUCUUAAUCACCUUUUCUGAUAA